AUGUCUGGAAAAUAAAAAGCUGAAGGAAUUGGUAUUGGUAUCGAUCUUGGUACUACUUACUCUUGUGUAGGUGUCUUCUAAAAUGAUCGAGUUGAAAUUAUAGCAAAUGAUCAAGGUAAUAGAACUACUCCUUCUUACGUUGCUUUCACUGACACAGAAAGAUUAAUUGGUGAUGCUGCUAAGAACUAGACAGCCAGAAAUCCUACUAACACUAUUUUUGAUGCAAAGAGACUUAUUGGUAGAAAAUUCAGUGACCCAAUUGUUCAAAAAGAUAUCAAAUUAUGGCCUUUCAAAGUAGAAUCAGGUCCAGAUGACAAGCCAUUGAUUGUUGUCAAAUUCAAGGGCGAAACCAAGAAAUUCCAUGCAGAAGAAAUUUCUUCAAUGGUCUUGACUAAAAUGAAAGAAAUAGCUGAAGCCUUCCUUUCAAAAACUGUAAAAAAUGCAGUUAUUACAGUUCCUGCAUACUUCAAUGAUUCACAAAGAUAAGCUACCAAAGAUGCAGGUGCCAUUGCUGGCUUAAAUGUUUUAAGAAUUAUCAAUGAACCUACUGCAGCAGCUAUUGCUUAUGGCUUGGAUAAGAAGGGCUAAGGUGAAAAAAAUAUCUUGAUUUUUGAUUUAGGUGGUGGUACUUUUGAUGUUUCUCUCUUAACUAUCGAUGAUGGUUUCUUCGAAGUCAAAGCUACUGCUGGUGAUACUCACUUGGGAGGAGAAGACUUUGAUAACAAAAUGGUCGAAUUUUGUGCAGCUGAAUUUUAGAAAAAGAAAGGCAUUGAUAUUAAAAAUAAUCCUAGAGCCAUGAGAAGACUUAGAACUUAAUGCGAAAGAGCCAAGAGAAUUCUUUCUUCUUCUGCUUAGGCUACCAUAGAAGUUGAUGCACUUGCUGAAUCAGAAGACUUUAAUCUCGUUAUGUCUCGUCCUAAAUUUGAAGAGCUUUGCUUGUCUCUCUUCUAGCAAUGCAUUCCUCCAGUUGAGAAAGUAUUAAAGGAUUCAGGUCUCUCUAAGAGCCAAGUCCAUGAAGUUGUUUUGGUAGGAGGAUCUAGCCGUAUUCCUAAAGUCAUUUAAUUAGUAAGUGAGUAUUUUAAUGGAAAGGAGCCUAAUCGUUCCAUCAACCCUGAUGAAGCCGUCGCUUAUGGUGCAGCAGUACAAGCUGCCAUUUUGACUGGAUCAGGCUCAGAAAAUAUUCAAGAUGUAAUCUUGGUUGAUGUCACUCCUCUUUCAUUAGGUAUUGAAACUUCUGGAUAAGUUAUGACUGUUCUCAUCCCUAGAAAUACAACUAUUCCUACCAAAAAAUCAUAAAUUUUCACUACUUAUGCAGACAAUCAGACCAGUGUACUUAUUUAAGUAUUUGAGGGUGAGAGAUAGCUUACUAAAGAUAACCAUUUACUCGGUAAAUUCGGUUUAGAAGGAAUAGCCCCAGCUCCUAGAGGAGUUCCUUAAAUUGAAGUAUCAUUUGAUAUUGAUGAAAAUGGUAUCUUGAAUGUAACUGCAGUAGAUAAGGCUUCUAAUAAGAGUAACAAAAUUACAAUUACUAAUCAAAAGGGAAGAUUCAGCUAAUCAGAAAUAGAUAGACUUGUCAGAGAAGCUGAAUAAUACAAGGCUGAGGAUGAAAAAGUAAAACAAAAAAUUGAAGCCAAAAAUGGCCUUGAAAAUUAUACCUACUCCAUCCGUAAUUCAAUGAAUGAUGAAAAAUUAAAAGAUAAAUUUUCUUCAGAUGAAAAAACUAGACUCCAAAACUUAAUAGACUCUACCCAAAAGUGGUUAGAAUCUCAUCCUAACGAAAAUGCCGAUGCUUACAAGAACAAGCAAAAGGAAAUAGAAGAUGUGUUCAACCCCAUCAUGAUGAGAGUUUAUCAAUAAACUGGUGCUGCUCCAGGUGAUUUCGGAAAAACUUCAUCCAACACUGCUACCAACAAUGCUUCUAAUGUUGAUGAAGUUGAUUGA